AUGUCAAAAGAAUUUGAAAAACCAAAAAGAUAUGUCCCAGGUCCAGGUGAUCCUGCUUUACCUCCACAAUUAGCUCAACUAUCUGAAAAGACAACUGAAGAUGUUAUGAAAGAAUUAAAUAGAUCUCCAUUCUUUAUGACACAACUAGAUGAAAGUAAUGGUGAUGGUGGUGAAAAUGUUGAAUUAGAAGCUUUAAAAGCUUUGGCUUAUGAAGGUUCUCCUUAUGAUGUUGCUAUAAAUUUUAAAAAUCAAGGUAAUGAACAAUUUAAAAUUAAACAAUAUAAAAGUGCUAUUGAAUUUUAUAAUAAAGGUCUUGCUAUGAAUUGUCUUGAUGAAAAUCUUGUUGCUUCAUUAUUUUUAAACAGAGCUGCUUGUAAUUUAGAAUUGAAAAACUAUAGAACUACAAUUAAUGAUUGUAGAGAAUGUUUAAAAAUCAAUCCAAGAAAUGUUAAAGCUUUUUAUAGAAUGUCAAAAGCUUUUUUUGCAAUUGAAAAAUUUGAUGAAUCAAUUGAAUCUUUACAAUUUUCAUUAGCUUUAGAUCCAGAAAAUUUAGCUUCAAAACAAUUAUUAAAUCAAAUUGAAAAAAGAAAACAUGAAUUAGAAACUUUAGCUGCUAAAAGAGAAGCUGAAAUUUUACGUAAACAAAUUUUACAAGAUAAAUUGAAAACUGCCAUAAAUGGUAGAAAUUAUACCAUAAUUAAAACUGCUCGUCCAGCAGAAAUGUUAUCUGAUGCUAAAUUAUCAUUAGAAGAUCCUGAUGAUAUAGAAUCUCAAUUAAUUUUCCCCGCAAUGAUUAUUUAUCCAACAACUGAUGAAUUUGAUUUUGUGGCAAGUGUAAGUGAAUUAUCUUCACCAUGGGAAAUUAUGGAAUUAGUAUUACAAAGACCUGAAGAAUGGUUUAAAGAUCCAAAACAUGAAAAUUUCUCUCCAAAAAAAUUAGAUGCUUAUAUGGAAUCUGAAUCUGGUGGUUUAAUUAAAAUUGGUAAAAAAGCUACAUUAAAUAAAGCUUUAUCAACUUUAAAACCUAAAAUUCCUUUAUUUGAUGAUGCUUUAAAAAUUUAUUUUGUUCCAAGAAUUGAUGCUGAAAAAUGGUUAAGUAGUUGGGAUAAAGAAGUUACAUUAAAGAAAAGAUAUGAUGCAAGUAUAUAG